AUGCAACCUGCAACGGACGCGGAGGUGGUAGGGGGAGCUGUGAAGCAAGAGCCAGAGGAAAUCGUGGUCGCAGUAGACGGUGACGAGGAGGCGGAAGCCGAGAAGGUGGUUAAGAUGAGGAGGAGGAAGAAGAAGAAGGCCUGCGAUCCGCACAAGAAGCGGGCAUGCGUGGAUUGCACCAAGAGGUGUGCCCGGAUCCAUGGCCGGCCUGCUUCGCCGUCCGCAUUGCCGUCUUCCAGCAAUGCGCGGACGGUCCCGGCAGUGCCGUCCUUCUUCAAGGUCAUGAUGGGCUAUUUCUCCGAGGACAUGGAUAUACCACCCCCAUUUGCCCGGACAAUCUGGAACCUGGCAGGCUCCAACAUCUUUCUCGAGGACGCAUUUGGGCUCCGCUGGCGCGUGCGGCUCUGCUUGCGCGACGGCGUACUGUCAUUUGGGCAUGGAUGGAAGAACUUUGUGCUGGACCACGCCGUCAGCUGUGGCGAGUUCCUGGUGUUCAGGCAGAUUGCCAGGUCGGUCUUCACCGUGCAGAUGUUUGCCCCAUCGGCUGUUGAGAGGCUGUAUCUCUGCGAGAAGAACAAAAGGCAGAGCCGGAAGAGGAAGCCCAGGCAGGAAACAAGCUCUCCCAGUAUCCAGACAGCGAAGAAGGUAACCAAGAACAGCGUGAAAAACUGUAAGAAGAGACAACGUACUGAUGAUCACCAAAAUGGUAUACGCCCGAGAGGCCGUAAGAUCAAGAUGGCAGCUGAGGUCUGCAUCGACGACUCUGACGUUCCAGAUUCUGUAUCUGAGCUGAAAUGUUCAGACGCAUCAGAGAGAGUACCGGAGGCUGGAGCCGCAGAACCACAAGAAAUUUCUGAGGCCCCUGCGGGACAUGAGUGUGAAGCUCAGGAGGUGUUAGAUGGAGAGGCAGAAAUAGCAGAUGACAGCACAAUGCUUGAAGAGAAUGAAAGCAAUUACAAUGCUAUUUCUGCAAGUAUUGUGCAAGUCUCUGCUGCUAAUGAAAUAGAGCAUGGCGAGGGCUUGAAUCUGCCGACAGAUUUUGAUGCUAGUGUACCUCUUGCUAUGAUGGAUCUUAAUGAAGUGAGUAUAGACGAUAUAUUUCUGUCGGCUGAUAUAUAUGAAUUUGAAAGCGAUAUGUGUAACCCAGAAUCAUUUUCUGUUGAUCUGAAUAUGAAAGGGCCUAUUACUACUGGACAAAAUUCAGGAUUCAGUUGCCUUGAGGAUACCCCGCAGAAUCACCUUUCUUCUAUGGGAGACGGUCAUCGUUCUAUGAUUCCAGAAGCAGUACUUUGUAUCAAAAAUAAAGAGAUGACUGAUGCACUAGGAACAGGAACAUCAUAUUUUGUUGACUCCUCAGUGCAUGAUAUAGACAUCAACGCGCUGCCCGCUAAUGAGCCGCCAUCAUUUGGAGAGGAUAACUCUUCUCCUCAAGCUGAUGCUGAAAUGCAUUCUAAUGAAUGUGGAUUAAGCAGCUCAGAUUCUUCCAUGACCACGAAGCAGGAUGCACCACAAAGUGGCCAAUGUAACAUGCAAGAUGGUAUAGGACGACAGCAUGCUACUGAAAUCAUGUCGAGAAGCGCGAAGCCUCAUGAACUUCCUGAUCUCAGGCAGAAUCCUCUGCAUACUGGAAACGGCUCUGAAUCCAUCCACAGUGGAACCUCUGAAUCUGGUGGUGUUCUUGCACUCACAGCAAACAGCAUCAAGUUUUGCAUCGAUGUGCCUGCACCAGGGCAAACAUGGCUUGAGCUUCCCGGUCGACUGCCGGUUCUUCCAAGAACGAAGAAACAUGGGAGGAAGGUUGUAAUACUCAAGGACCCAUGCGUGAGACUCUGGCCUGUGCUCUACCAAUGCACCCCUAGGUUCAACGGCUUCAUCACUGGGUGGGUUGACAUCUGCAGGGAGAACAGCCUCCAGGAAGGCGACACCUGCGAGUUCGAACUCAGCGGUAACUCUGAACUCUCAUUCCAACUCCAAGCGUGCGUGCCCAAUACGCAGUAG